AUGUGGCACCAACUGGUGCACGACUCCUUCACCGGUCGUUUUCUUCGUUAUAUUUCCGGCGGAAAAUUUUUCCCAUACGAGGGAGACGAGAGUCCGGCAGUACUGAAACGAUUUUCUGUCAAGGAGGAAAGUCCCGUGGAAGAUGCAGAGUCAGCUGAAGAAGGAAAGGAUCCACUCCUGGUCGACUGGUACGGGCCUGAUGACCCGGAGAACCCUCUCAACUGGUCCAGCUUUACCAAGGCAGCUGUCACCUUCCAGCUCUGCUUUUUGACCUUCGCGGUCUAUGUGGGGUCGUCCAUCUACACGGCCGGUAUACCCAGCCUGAUGGAAGACUUUCAAGUGAGCCAAGUUGUGGCUACGCUUGGAUUGACUGUCUUCGUACUCGGAUAUGGUCUCGGCCCGAUGACGUUUGCGCCCUUGAGCGAAGUGCCUGCAAUUGGUCGAAACCCAGUGUACAUCUUGUCCUUAGCCCUCUUUGUUGUCCUGCAGGUUCCGACGGCCCUCUCAGUUGAUAUCGGAAUGCUUCUCGUAUUUCGGUUCAUCACCGGUGUCCUUGGCUCGCCUGCUCUUGCCACCGGCGGUGCUUCGAUUGCAGAGCUAUAUUCGCCGCAGAAACGAGCUCUGGGUAUAGGGAUAUGGGGGCUCGCUUGUGUGACCGAACCUCCAGCUCUCGGUCCUCUAUUAGGUGGCUUUGCCGCCGAUGCCAAAGGCUGGCGAUGGACGAUGUGGGUCCUCAUGUGGAUUGCCGGGCUCAAUCUGCUGAUGCUCCUCGUGUUCCUUCCUGAAACAUCUUCGAAGAACAUUUUAUAUCGCCGAGCUCAACGACUGAGGAGAUUGACCGGAAACGACAAGCUCAAAACGAAGGCCGAGAUGGCAUUCCAACAGGUUACGGUGGUCAAGAUUGCUCAGAUGACCAUCGUUCGGCCUUGGGUGUUGACAUUUACGGAACCGCUGAUAUUCCUGCUGCAUAUGUGGGUAGCGCUGAUUUUCGGUAUACUCUUCGUCUGGUUUGAGUCGUUCCCACUUGUUUUUGUCGGCAUCUAUGGCUUCAGCCUCGGUCAAACCGGACUGGCAUUUAUCGGCCUGCUCAUCGGUGGUUUAGCAUCGGUGCCGCCAUUUGUGUGGUAUUGCCGGUCCGUCCAAGAGAAACAGUUCACCGAGAGCGGCCAGAUAACCAAGCCCGAGUUCAGGCUGCCGCCGUCGAUGGUGGGAGCCAUUUGCUUGCCGGUCUGUCUGUUUUGGUUCGGAUGGAGUGCCCGACCGGAUAUUCACUGGAUUUUGUGCAUAUGCGGAACAGCCUUCUUCGCCAUCGGCACGUUGCUCGUAGUUAAUUCGGUGUUGAACUACCUUCCGGACGCUUACCCAGCUGAAAUUCCAUCGGUGAUGGCAGGAAAUGCAUUCAUCCGGUUCUCUUCAGGAGCCGCGUUUCCGUUGUUUGCACCAGCUAUGUUUCACAGGUUAGGAAUAGGCUGGGCAAGCACCUUGUUAGCGUUCUUGACCAUUGUGUUUGUGCCAAUACCUUUCGCAUUUUACCUUGUAAGUGGCCAAGGCGCGAUGCAGAGAGUGAUCUUCUGA